AAGGAAACGGACUCGUACUCACUUCUCCCUCCCUCUCCUGUCGACGGGAUAACUCCUACUGCCACUCCACUUUCUCUCUCUUAAGCCAAAAGCCGACAAGGACUGAAAAUCCCCCUUUCCCUCAUUCUUCUUCUUCUUCUUCUUCUUCUUCUUCUUCUUCCUCAAUGCAUCAUUUCUCUGUCUAGGGUUACAGUUCCCCGUCUUCAGCGUUCUCUCUGGUAAUAAUCAUAUCCUUAUAGCUAUUCAUUCAUAAUCGUACAUACAUGCGCUUACACACAAGUCAUACGUGUUUUGAUGGUAUAAUCCUCUCUAUGCAUAGACGUUAUACCCUUUAAACCCUUGCUCGGCAAGUGCACUCCCUCUCCCCACCUUUCAACUCCAUAUACUCUUCCGUGGUUCUGCUUAUCAUUAUUUGGAUUGCUUAAUUUGUUAGUUCUGUGAAUUUUAUAUUUCUCCGCCUCUUCUUCUCUUGUUAAAUCCAACUGCUUGCUUUAUCAAUAGGGAAGUUACAGAUAGCCCCCCCUCCUGGAUUUUUGUGUUUAGAUUGCUCCCAACUAUGAAUAGUAAUAAGCACUCGGAACCAGCUAAGAUGGAGCAGAUCAUAACAGAGUUUUUCCCUAAAAGCCUUCAUAUAAUACUUGAAUCUAGGUGUUCUUACGCCUCAUCCCGAGAUUACAGUGGUGAACAGUGUGCUUCAUCACCUUCCUCUUCAUCAUCAUCUUCAUCUAGUGUUAGGCCUAGAGACAGAUGGUUUAAUUUAGCACUGAAAGAUUGUUCGGCUGCACUUGAGAACAUUGAUUUUUGGAGGCAGAGUAACCUCGAUCCUAUGUUCAUAGAUGUGGUGCUAUUAGAAAGGCCUAAUGAUAGGGAUUUGCCCAAAGAAAGGGAUUGGAAUUCCGAGCAUGAUGAGUUUUCCAGGAAGAAGAAAGAGAAGAUUGUUGAGAGAUGGAUAAUACAGUAUGAAGGUAGGAAGAGUAAGAAGAGGUCUAGUAGUUGUACUAGUUCGCAGGUUUUGUAUAAGAAGACAACCCUAUUGCUAAGGUCUUUGUAUGUCACUGCCCGGAUUUUACCAGGUUAUAAGUUAUUCCGAGACCUCACUUCGUCUGCCCAAAUCCGAACGUAUAACCUUUGCCCACGAGUUUCAUCAUUUGCUGAACCAUUCACACGUGCAGAGGAGGCUGAGAUGCACCAGUUUGUGUUCACUCCUGUAGACACAUCUUGUGGAAGGCUUUGUCUCUCGGUUUGGUAUCGGUCUUCGGUCUCUGAUCUUUGUUCUGAACCAUCAACACCUAUGUCUCCUCAGUUCAUACCGGAUUAUGUUGGGAGUCCAAUGGCAGAAGAGCCACUUAAGCGGUUCCUGCCUGGUGGUCAGGUCCCCCAAUCAUCAUACCCUCUUGAAAGGCGUCAUAGCUGGAGUUAUGAUUUGUAUAGAGCAUCACCACCACCUUCACCCACUUAUUCAGAAUCACAGGCUUUGAUUCAUCAAAUGCAGGCCGGUCAUCUCCUACCCCCCACCAAUACCAAUAGUAGACCUCAAGUUCACGCAGGCUUUGAUGAAUAUUGGCCAUCACCUACGUUUUCAACAUCACCAUCGCUCUCACCACCACCUACGUAUGGUCCUGGUGGUGGUAUAGGGAAGGCUCUUUUGCGCUUUGGUAGUGCUCCUGUGAAUAUACCUGACUCUAGGCUUUUGGGUGUUCCUUUUCGGCUCUACAAUAAAAUGUUGCCCCCUUCUCCCCCACUGAAAGGCAUUAGACCUGCCACUUCUGCAAAAACGGACAAGAGUAGCAGCUCUUUGGCUGACGAUAAGUUUUUCUCAUCUGCAAAAGAUGAUGGUGACAAAUUGACUGUAGUGAAGAUAAUAAUGCACACAAACAUCUCGCCGCAGAAAUCCUUCUCCAGAAGCUCUAGCCGUUUGUCAUAUCAGGAUGACUAUGACGAUUCCGAGUUUAGUGGUCCGUUUGUUGUGGAUGGUGAUGAUGAUAUGACCGACCAUGGCAACAGAAUUGGUUCAUUAGAGCAAACAAACCAACAUGAACCUGGAGGAGUUUGUGUAGCAAGGAAGCCCCAAGCAUCUGUGGGCACACUCAUCUCCAUGCUAAAGAAGGCCCCUCCCCUACGCCAAGACUCCUCUUCUGUUACCUUAAGCCCUCCCCCUACUACUACUAAUUUUGAUUCUCCUGUGAACAUGAUCACAGCAAAAACCACUACAGAUGCAUUAGAGGAGCUUCGUGUGUAUAGAGAGAUGAGGGACUUGCUUCUUAAGCAAGGUGGGAAGUCUCAAAUGUAGCCCUCCUAUUGCUCUGUUUUUUGCCACAAAUAAUUCUCAAAGUCUUCGACCUAUUAUUAUUAUACUACGUAGUAUUUUGCCACUAGUUUGAUGUACAUACUGUGGCAGAUAUUUAUGAUGAUGAUGUCAUAAAAGACUCCUAGAUAUAGAACAUUGAAGGUAAGCUGAAUUCUUUAUGAGAAUCUAUAUGGAGGUGCGAGAUGGGUGAAGAUGGCUUGACAGUGUAUAUAUUGUAAUUAAUGGUUUGACAUUUUGUGUAUAUAUAUAUAUAAUCAAAAGCUUUAUUGCUGAUAUAAGAUAGACAUGCUUCAUUAGGAGCAUUUUUG